UAGAACUAUAAAACUCCUAGGAGAUAAUGCAGGUGACUUGAACACACUGGUGAACUAAGGAUUUCUGGGCCAUGUGAAGGGUUAGCACCUUCACAUUUAGCCACUUCCAGGACAGCCAGAGCCCUCAGUGCUGGACAUGCAACCAUUUUCACCCCUUCCAAACUGCAUGCAAACAAGCAUAGCUCGGGCAAUGGGGAGUGGGCACGAGAGACCGCCUUCUCACUGUUCUGCAGGAGAGACCAUCUUCUACGAGUGGCCAUUUACUGCCCUCUCCAUCCUCCCCGUCCCCAGGCCCUGCCCUCUCCUGAGACCCUCAGGGAAGUGCCAUGUUGCCUACAGUUUCCUUGGCCAACUUCUAUCCAGUCAGAAUGCUCCCCUCAUUCUCCCACACUCAGGGGGGCUUUCCCGUCCAGUAGCCCUCUGUCCCAAAAGGCUCUUUUUUUUUAACAUGCCUGGACUGCUUUGACCCCAUCCUACUGGCAGGUGGAGAGGAACUUUGCAGAUACCCUGGGUGCAAGUCCUAAGGUCCCUGGGGGUGGGGUAGGAGAGGCUGGCAGAACUGAAACCCAGGAAGGCACGCCAUCUAUCUCAGAAGGGGCCCCACGCUGGGGUUUCUCAAACUCUCAGCAGUGGAAUAGCACUUCUGCAAUGAAAAAUUACACUUCUAUUUUCUUUCCUAAAGGGAAAAAGGAAGAAUGCAACAAAACUGAAGUGUGUUCUGUCAUGUUCCUGAACCAUAGCCGUAAGAGCCCUCCCCAGCCCUACCCAAACCAGCCUACUCCCUCCCAAGAGCUCACAGCUGCAGGACUAGAGUCAGAUGUGCCCUGGCAAUAAGGCCUUCAUCCAUGGAGAAGCCCCUCACCAUCCUGCGAGUGAGCCUGUACCACCCCAUGCUGGGCCCAUCUGCCUUUGCCAAUGUGCCACCACGGCUGCAGCAUGACACCAGCCCUCUGUUGCUCGGACGGGGGCAGGACGCCCACCUCCAGCUACAGCUCCCCCACCUCUCCCGUCGUCACCUGUCCCUGGAGCCCUACCUGGAGAAAGGCAGUGCCAUGCUGGCCUUCUGCCUCAAGGUCCUGAGCCGCAAGGGCUGUGUGUGGGUCAAUGGGCUGACGCUGAGGUACCUGGAGCAGGUCACCCUGAGUACCGUCAACAGGCUCUCCUUCUCAGGCAUCCAGAUGCUGGUUCGCGUAGAAGAAGGCACAUCCCUGGAGGCCUUUGUCUGCUAUUUCCAUGUCAGCCCUUCACCCCUGAUUUACAGACCUGAGGCUGAGGAAACUGACGAAUGGGAAGGCAUCUCCCAGGAGCAGCCUCCCCCUGGUUCAGGGCAGCAGACUUCAGGUUGCCUGGGGUUUCUCCACGGCCCUUCCCAGACUUGGGACAGCCCUCCCCAGCCAAGACCUGGAGGAGGAACAGAAAUACAGCUCCAGAGGGAACUCCCAGACAGUACACUCUGCUAGCCCUGCCACUAGAGCAAGUCUUUGCUAGAUGAAACAGGACUUGAAGUAUUUGAACUACUUCAUGCAAGCUUGACAAGCAAAACCCGCUGGCUGCCUUGCUCAUAAUGAACCAAUUCUGCAAACACUGAACAAACAGUCCGGGGUGGAGCACCCUCUGUGGCCAGAGUUAUGCAAAGUAAUGGGAACUUCAUAUACUUUUAGAGGCCCUGAGGGGUUCUGGGGAGCCUCUCUCAGCAUUUCCACACAUUUCCCCCUCUUGUCUGACUAGGAGUUACUUUAUGUGGUUCAUUUUGCGUGCUGCUUAAGAGCGGGAGUUUGAGGUUGCACCAGGAAUGCGUGGACACAUGUAACAAUUACAUUUGUGGUAGCUUGGUGUUACCUUCAGCUUUCAAAUACCCACAGGCACGCGGGGCUUAGGAAAGCCUGAGUUUAAUAAACUGCAAGUAUUUCAUUAA